AUGACCGAAACCCAAUAUUCAAUCGCUUCCGACAACUUGAAUUCGUCCACAACACCGAAGGACGAUGAUAAACUAAAAUUUUCCACGUUGUCUUCCAUUUCCUCUUCUCCCUUUAACACCAUCUCCACCACCGCAUCAGAUAAAACGCUGGCAGAUGAAUCACUGGUCCCAAAAGAUCUGCUCGAUUCCGUGUUUAGCACGUUCGGCGAUAAUUCCGUUGGUGAUAUUGACUUGAGUUUGAAUGUGAGUCGCAAUAGUCUUAGCGGCAACACCAUCGUUGAAAAGCAUAACAGCGUUAGCACAAAACAUAAUAGCACCAGUACUAAUACCAACAGUGUUAACAAGAAACAUAAUAGCGGUCUUAGCAAAACCAACUAUGAGAGUAGCAACAAGGAGGAAUCGAAAGUCACGCAAGGGCUCAGGAAAGAUUUCCGAACACCAACAUCAUCGUUCUUGCUAGAAGAUCGAUUUAACAGCGCCGACUUAGAAAAUCUCAACCUCGAGGCGAGCGAGGCCAAUAUCCAAGUACCAAUAUCCUUUUCCGCGGUUUCCUUGAAUCUUGAUAUUGGUGGCACGUGUUAA